GUCUUGGAGCCGCAAUUUGAGAAUGACGCAUCUGAGCUAGAUUCUCCUGGAACUGAGGUUUAUGUAACCUUCUCAGACGGUUGUUCCCCACCCUGCCCCUCUCAAUCACUCCCCAGCUGGAAAAUGGAGCCCAAAACUGGGAUUAAAGUUUGAUUCGAAAUGAUUACACACUCACACAAGAUGGUGGGGGGAACGUGGGCGGCAAGGCAGGACAGCGCGGGGAAGAAGUGGUAAAUGUGAAUUGGCAGAAAGGAAGGAAGACACUGCAGACGGGAGCAGCCAUUGGAACAAAAAGAUAGAGGAAGGGGAUCAUGGCCUAUAAAAUACUUCAAGUAGCCCUGUGUUCAACAUUGCUUAUCGGAGCAUUGGGAGCGCCAUUUUUGUUGGAGGACCCUGCAAACCAGUUCCUACGUCUCAAAAGACAUGUAAAUUUGCAGGAUUACUGGGACCCAGAUCACAGUUCAGAUGUGUGGGGAAACACACUGGCUAAGCAGGCUCAUGAAACAUGGAUUGCUUUGAAAACAACAGCACAGUAUUAUUUGGAUAUGAAUACCUUCACCUUUGACAUGUCUACUGCCCAGUAAAUAUGUUUUCCUGGUUAAAGCAGGAGGAUGAAGAUGGCACAAGUUGGAAUGGCAUUGUGCCCAAACCAUGGGUUUUAGAGAUCUGAGGGUAUAUCCAUGCUGUUUACUACAUUAUUUAUUAUGUCUGUCUCAAAGUUGUUGAAAAGAGUAGUUAUGAAAACCCAUGUAGAAACUUGGAAUAAGACAUUCUCAGUAAAUGGUAGUUCUCAAAAAAAGAACUAAAAAAAAAAAAGGCUGUAGUAAUAACAUUUACCAAAAAGAUGGCAUUUAUGGGAAAAGGAAAGCAAAAACAAAAACAAAAAAAAAGUAGUUUCAUUAAACCACCCUGUUCAUAGCUUUUACUCUCUAUUGCCUCUUCUUUGAGAGAGUUUUUUAAUUCAAAGAAGGACAGGGAACUCUCAAAUGGAGCUGAUCCUCUUCUCUCUUCUUCAGUGCUUGUCAACCUUCUUAAGUCAGUCUAUUUUAAAACCAUGAUUUUGAAACGUUUUUCAUCAAAGGUGUACUGCUGAGUGGAGAAAACAGCCUUAACUUAAUAUAACAAGUAGAUAGUGGCUAGGAACUCAAUGGAAGUCAUUCACUUGUAAGUGCAAACUUCUUCGAAGUUUUGUAAAAUUUUUGUAAGCUUUGCAUUCUGUUCCACAAUUUAUUGAUGUUUGCUUUAAUGUGAAAUAACGGUUUUGACUCACCGACCAGGCACAUUUUAUAAUUUUUUCAAAAAAAACUGGAAAAUUGGCCAUAGGGAAAAGUGGACUGCAUUUAUCCUAUAACUUUCCUAAUAUUCAUGGAUUACCACCUCAGUCUGAGAAGCACUGAGAUGAUAUAACUAAUUGCCAAGAUUGCCCCCAAAAUCACAGGUAAAUGGAAUUUUUGUCUUCAGAAGUCUAUUUAUCUCCAUUCUCUAUUCUCUAUUUUAGUUGUUCUCUUGAACAAUUUAUUUUUAACUUUUAAGGUAAAUGGAAACAUUUCCCUAAGACCUUAGUUGAUCUUACGUGGUCUUAAAACAAUCUUAAGCACUUUUUGAGUGGCAAGUAAAUCAGAAAAACCAAAUGCCAAGAAGUUGACUGGAAGGACUUUGGCCUCAGCAAUUUCUUCUCCAAAAGGACACUGACAGCUGCUCAGUAUUCCACAUUUCCCGUCCUGUGGCCUAGAGGUGUUUUCAGUGAGAAAUUUAAGGCUAAUUUAUAACUUAUUAAGUUAACUGCUAUCCUUUUCUGAUAAAUGUGAACAUAGAUUUUUAAAUUACAUCCGAACAAACAAAACAAAGAUGAUGAAUCAUUUAGUUUUGCAGUGGGAAAUAAGUUUGAGAUUGUACAUAAAUAUAUCUUCAGUGUUUCAACAAUAAUAUACAUUUUACUAACACAAAGUUUCAUUCUUUAAUUAUUUAAUAAAAAAUUGAGAAUGCCUGUGUAUUAGGGUUCUCCAGAGAAACAGAACCAAUAGGAUAUGUAUAUAUAGAGAUGCUCCUCAACUUACGAUGGAGUUACAUCCCAAUAAACCCGUCACACACUGAAAAUAUCAUAAGUCAAAAGUGCAUUUAAUACACCUGACCUACCCAACCUCAUAGCUUUGCCUAGCCCACUGAUAUGGUUUGGCUCUGUGUUCCCACCCAAAUCUCAUGUUAAAUUGUAAUUCCCA